AGAUGAGCGCUCCCCACCUGCCGGCCCGAGCCUCGGAGGGACCCCGGCUGAGCUCUGCAGCGCCGACGGGCCCGGAGCGGGAUCAGGCAUGACCAUGAUCCCGGUUUGGCCAGAGCCCCGCUGCCUCGGGGACACAGCAACUUGGUAAGGGGGACAGGGCUCCGGAUUAGACAGCACCCGAGCUGGCCGCUCCAGCGCGAAGUCUGCCUUUCCGAGUCUUGGUCCCGGGCUUCGAGGCCGGGGGAACCUCAGGCUGGCGGUGGAACCGGUGGCACCGCCGUGGGCCGGGUAGAGCGAGUCUGAGGCCAGUGGAUGAACAGACAGAAGCUGAAAGAUCCCAAAAAAGGAUGCAUGACAGGGCCGCGCAGAACUGGAGCACUGGCGGCUGGCUGCUGGCACUUUGCUUGGCUUGGCUGUGGACCCUCCUGGCCUCUGCUUCCUUGCAGCCUCCAGCUCCCACAGUCCUCGUGAAGCAGGGCACCUGUGAGGUGAUUGCUGCUCAUCGCUGCUGCAACCGGAACCACAUCGAAGAGCGCUCCCAGACUGUCAAAUGCUCUUGCUUUUCUGGCCAGGUGGCUGGCACCACGCGGGCAAAGCCCUCCUGUGUGGACGCCUCCAUUGUCCUGCAGAAGUGGUGGUGUCAGAUGGAGCCCUGCCUGCCAGGGGAAGAAUGUAAAGUGCUUCCAGACCUUUCGGGAUGGAGCUGCAGCAGCGGACACAAAGUCAAAACCACCAAGGUCACACGAUAGCUCUUGGGGUCAUGGCCUGGACAGGACAGCCUGACUGAGCCACAGACUGAAGAAUGGUAUCCGGUUAUCAGCCAGCAAAUAUGGAGAUUCUCUUACAUGGACACGCGGCCCUGCCAAAUGCAGCAUCCCUCUUCCAGGGGCGUUUCAGUUAAGCUGCUCAGCAGAGGUGGACAGAUCUCCAGCCACAUACCUAGUAUUGUGCUGGGCUCUGCCGGGGCACGCAGAAGAAGGUCGAGAUACAAUUCCUGCCCUCGAGGCAUGUCCAGUCAAGUUGGAGAGUUGACAAAAGACAAUUUAGAUAAGUUAGAUUAAAGCGUGUGGUAUCAGACUGUGGCUUCUGGGCCAUAUGCUGUGGGCGUGUUGGGGGCAUGGGGCUGAGACUCCCACAGCUCUUCAGCCACCCCCUGGCCACAGGGCACAGAGACAAAGGUCACAUUCUCUCCCUACCACUUCCCUUCCUCACAUCAGUCCAAAGACCCCAAAAGCUGCUGACAUACUGAAGGAAAACCUGCUCCCUUAUGCCAGACCAGCUGGAUCUCGUUCGGAUGGGACUGGCUUGAUCUGGGGAAGGAAAGCAGAGAUGAAGCCACACAACUUCCCAGCAAAGCUUCUGCAGAGGCAUGGCCUGGUUUGGGCUACUCGUUGGGUAGGGGAUGGACAGGGCCUUAAAAUCACCCCCAUACAACCUCCUCAGGUUUUUGUUUAUUUGCUUCUUUUCAAAGAUGAGGAAACUGAGUCCUGGAGAGGUGAGGUGACUUGCUCAAGGUCUUACAGCAUGGGCUCCCAAGUCUCUAGGACUGCUGCCCUUUCCGUUAGCCUGGGUGCUGGGACUCCAGCCUGGACGUUCCAUGUGUUGUUUUCAUCUCAAGAACAGGAACCUGCAAAGAACUGGCUGGACAGCAGAAACAUUUUUCUUGAGAGAGGCUAGGGCAGGCAUUUUACGAAGCUCACUGUUCUCCUAUCUGAAAUAAUCCAGAAUACACACCAGGAUGCGGGGCCAUUGGAUCGCCACUCUGCCCUCAGCCCCUAAAAUUCCAAACAUACCCAUGACAGCCCAGAGGUCACUCAGCCCAGUUAUGUCUGGGGCACUCUGAGCUGGCAGCCCCAUUGCCCACCUCUGCCCGGCUCUUCUGGAGUCCUUAGGCUGUAACUCUUAGAGGCUCUGGCUCCAAGAGGGGGUCUGAGUGGGGUGCAGGGCUGAUCAGAGUCCUCUCCCUUCAAAGGCCAUGCUGGGCGGGAGGGGAUCCCCUGCUGGGCUGGAUGGAGCCUCUGUCUCAGACUGAGGGCUGGGACAGUCAGGCUGACACACGGGCUUCAGGGACUCAGAGACGCGGGCUACUUGGAUAUCUCAUCAGGAAGAGAAUGACAGCCUCAGUGACUGCUGGGAUCAGCUGGGAUCACUGGGAUUUCAGGGUGUGGUGGGGGCCUUGAGGGGAGGGCUCUCAGUGGAGAUCGACCUGGACAGGGCUGAAGUCUGACCCUCAGAGAAGGUGAAUGAGACAAGGGAUUGAGUCUGAGUCUCAGCCUCUCCCUUCUCUCCCUCCCUCACCAUGUGGUAGAAUCAAGACUGUUCACCCCACUCCAGGGUUUAUCUUCUUGUUUUUGUUUUGUUUUGUUUUUGGUAAUGGGGUGAACAAUGAUGCCACCUUCUCACUAGACUGUAAAUAUCAGAACUCUGAAACUUUAAAUCUCUGCAGGUAGUGGGGUCGUCGGAGAUUAGGUCAAAGAUUUUCAUCACCUCCUU